UCCAGCUCCUCAUUUUUUGCACAGUACAAAUUUGACAGUCGAAAUAAUCAUUUGUUGAAAUUAACUCUCAAAACGCAAAUAACCGUUGUAAUGUGUGCGGUGUCACGUUCUUUGUUCAAACUUAACGUAACCACGAUGGCAAAAAAGUGCACGUUUUGAAUAAAAUCCCGGCGAAAAUGUCUCUGAGUCAGUGCCUCGAGAACGCAGACAACCAGUCCCUACUAUGGAAGCAAAUCUUCUCGGCCCUCUUCUACGGCAUCGCCUCGUUCAUGAUAACCGUCGUCAACAAAACCGUCCUCACGACCUACCAAUUCCCUUCAUUUCAAGUACUCGGAAUUGGGCAGAUGAUAGCCACCAUUACGGUCCUUCUAACGGCGAAGAGACUCCGAAUCGUCACGUUCCCCAGCUUCGAGUUGAACACUUUCGGGAAGAUUUUUCCCUUGCCGUUGAUUUACAUCGGGAAUAUGAUUUUUGGACUUGGGGGUACCAAGCAAUUGAGUCUCCCGAUGUUCACAGCCCUUCGCAGAUUCUCAAUUUUGUUGACUAUGAUUCUAGAGUUGUACAUUCUAGGAAUUAGGCCGAGUUUCAGUGUACAGUUUAGUGUCUACACUAUGAUUCUGGGGGCUGUCGUGGCCGCCAGCAACGACAUUGCGUUCAACCUCCAAGGCUAUAUCUACGUCCUUUUGAACGACUUCUUCACAGCCACAAAUGGAGUGUACAUGAAGAAAAAACUCGACUCGAAAGAAUUGGGCAAAUAUGGACUCAUGUUCUAUAAUUCUCUCUUCAUGAUAGUCCCUGCAGUGUUUUUCGCGUUUUACACUGGCGAUUUGGAUUCCGCCUAUAAUUACAAAUAUUGGAAUGAUGCUCUUUUCCUAACUCAGUUUUUUAUGUCGUGUAUUAUGGGCUUUGUGUUAUCGUACAGUGUUGUGUUGUGUACUUAUUACAAUUCGGCAUUAACAACUACGAUUAUCGGCUGUUUGAAAAACAUCUGUGUUACUUAUUUGGGAAUGGUGAUUGGGGGCGAUUAUAUUUUCUCGUGGGUCAAUUUCGUCGGAAUUAAUAUCAGUGUUGUGGGUAGUUUGAUCUACACCUAUGUUACAUUUAAGAAAAAAGACGCUGCACCAGCUUACGUGCCACUAGUUAACGAGAAAUCGACUAAACUCGACAAUGUUAUGCUUCGAUUAAGUAACAAACUUAAAUUAAAUCAAAGUCGCCAAAUAAGCACGAGUUUUGAGAAAUUCGAAACUGAUUUUCAUAAAAAUCACAUUCCGAUCAAUGACUUCCAACGAGGACUCCUCGCUAUGGGAUCGGCAUUGAUGUCAUUAGUUGAUCCCUUUCGACAUGACAUGAUCGCCUGUUUGGGAGAAACCGCAGGAAUGUCCGCUAUCAAUUAUAUGAAGCAAAAAAUGGAGAAUUCACCAGAAGGCUCCGAGAUUCUCAAAUUACGUCCUAGGAUCAACUCAAAGACUGUCGACAUAAACAAAUUAAAAACGUACCCUGAGGGUACUUUAGGUCGUGUUUAUACACAAUGGCUCGAGGAUAAUAAAGUUACGCCCGAUUCACGAAUGGCCGUACAAUUCGUCGAUGACAUCGAUUGUGCGUACGUUUUGCAGAGGUAUAGAGAGGCGCAUGAUUUAUUUCAUGCCGUUUUGGGAAUGCCGACUCAUAUGUUAGGUGAAGUGACUGUGAAAUGGUUUGAAGCGAUCCAAUUGAGGCUUCCAAUGUGCAUUGGAGCGGCAAUUUUUGGCCCAAUUCGCCUAAAACCAAAGCAUCGUAACUUAUACAAAAAGUAUUACCUCCCAUGGGCAAUUGAGACUGCACACAAUAGCAAUUUUUUGUUAAAUACGUUCUUUGAAAAGCGUUGGGAACAACCUCUGUUUGAAUUACAUCAAGAAUUAAAAAUAAAACCGUUUGUUUUACCUCAAAAUGAGUCUUAAAUUUAUUUAUGUUGGAAUAUAGUUGUGUAUUUUAUUAAUAAAUUAUUAUCGUUGUUAA